AUGGCCGAGGAACUUUCACCGUUGAUGAAGCAAAUCAACCAGGGCAACUGGCUGCCACACACGGAGGCGGAAUCGCUCCGUGACCAACUCUACUACCAAAACGCCGUGCAGGCCUAUAUCCUGACCAUUCCCAUCCUCAACGUCAUCGGCCUCCGCGACGGGUCCGAGGCCCAGUUUGGAUCCGGGAUCGCAUGGACAGCCGCGCCUGGGUUUCCAACACCCAACGCCGACGUCAUCUACUCCAUGAGCUACCUGGAUCUGAAGCAGGACGGCCCGCUCGUUGUCGCAGCGCCGCCCAACGUCAUGGGCAUGUUUACCGACUUUUAUCAGCGCACCAUCACCGACGUGGGCGCGACCGGGCCCGACGGCGCCAACGGCGGUCUCUACCUGCUUCUGCCGCCGGGAUACGACCAACAGGUCCCCGGGGGCUACUUUUCCUUCCGGUCGUCGACGAACAAUGUCCUUCUCUUCUUCCGCACCAUGAUGCCCCGGGGCGAGGAUGGUCCAGACCCGGCGCCGGCUGUGGAAAAUGCCGAGCAGACCCGCGUCUAUCCGCUCUGGACGGCGGAAAAGGACGUCAAGCCCAUGGAAUUCCCAAACGGCAGCGGCAUACGCAUAAACAUGAUGUAUCCCGUCGACAAUUCGUACUGGACAAAACUCAAGGCCUUUGUCGACUACGAGCCGGUGGAUGCCAUCGAUCCCAUCACGCGCGGCCUCCUCGCCGCCAUCGGCAUCGUCAAAGACGGCCCCUUCCAACCAAACGACACGCAAAACGCAGCUCUCCAAAAGGCCGUGGCCAUGGCACCGAGGAUGGUCCUGGCAGCCCGCCAGCUCGGACGACCGGACAAGCGCCAUCUCUAUUACCCUGAUCGCCAGUAUCAGAACACCUGGGCCUGUGCCACGGCGGAAUGGAUGCAAGACGGCUACCUCGACGUCGCCCAACGAGCAUCCUACUUCCAGGCCGCGUAUGCUUCGUCUCCGGCCAUGGUGAUGCGCACCAUCGACGGCGGCUCCAAGUACCCAUUUACGACGCGCGACGCCACGGGCGAGUUCCUCGACGGCUCCAACUCGUACAAGCUUCACCUUCCGCCGAAUCCACCAGCCGAGCUGUUCUGGGCCGUCACGGCGUACAAUAUCACGGACGGGACGAUGACGGCCGCUGAGCAGCUCCUGCCCUCGGUCAAUGGGCUCGACGGGGUCAAGACCAACGCCGACGCAUCGGUCGAUGUGUAUUUCGGGCCGGGAAAACCCGCUGAGGCAGCCGACACCAACUGGAUACAGACAGUCGACGGCCUCAACUUUUUGGUUACCGUCCGUCUUUAUGGCCCUGGCGUGGACUUCUUUGACCAGACGUGGAAGCCGGAUGACCUGGUAAAGAUGAACUAG